GUUGACCUCCUAUAUAGGCCGAUGUCUAUGAUAACACUAAGUAAAAAAAUUGCUUGCUCACUGUUGUGUGAACAAGCGGAUCUCUAUUUUAGAGUCUAGAUCUCUAGUCUACAAGCAGUCAAGAAACAUUUUAAAAAAUACUUUAAAAUGUCUGAAAAAAAAGGAGAUAUCGCCCUCAUUGGAUUAGCUGUGAUGGGACAAAACUUAAUCCUUAACAUGAAUGAUCAUGGGUUCACCGUAGUUGCUUUUAACAGAACAGUCUCAAAAGUAACAGAGUUCCUCAACAAUGAAGCAAAAAACACUAAUGUGAUUGGAGCUGCUUCAAUGGAAGAUAUGGUUAGUAAACUGAAAAAGCCCAGAAGAGUUAUGCUCCUAGUCAAGGCUGGUUCUGCUGUUGACAGUUUCAUAGAUAGUCUGGUUCCUUUACUUGAGAAGGGUGACAUCAUUAUUGAUGGUGGAAACUCAGAGUACAGAGACUCUAUUCGCAGAUGUCAGGCCCUAAAAGCUAAAGGUAUUUACUUUAUUGGGAGUGGAGUUAGUGGGGGUGAGGAAGGUGCCAGGUAUGGUCCAUCCCUCAUGCCAGGUGGAGCUGAAGAAGCUUGGCCUGCAGUUAAAGAAAUCUUUCAAGCUAUUUCAGCCAAGGCUGACAAAGAACCAUGCUGUGAUUGGGUUGGACCUGAGGGAGCUGGUCACUUUGUAAAAAUGGUCCACAAUGGCAUCGAGUAUGGAGACAUGCAGUUGAUUUGUGAGGCUUAUCAUCUUAUGAAAAGUGUCCUUGGACUUAGUCAUAAAGAAAUGGCUGAGGUUUUUGAUGAAUGGAACAAAGGGGAGCUUGAGUCGUUCCUUAUAGAAAUUACACGUGAUAUUAUGCAAUACAAUGACACAGAUGGCAAACCAUUGGUAGAAAAAAUCAGAGAUUCUGCUGGCCAGAAAGGGACUGGAAAGUGGACAGCUAUUGCUUCAUUAGAGUAUGGAGUCCCAGUCACUCUUAUCGGUGAAGCUGUCUUCUCACGCUGUCUUUCAUCGUUAAAAGAAGAACGUGUGGCUGCAAGCAAACAAAUUUCAGGGCCAAGUGAAACAAAAUACAAAGGUGAUGUGAAGGCCUUUGUCAACGAUAUCAAAAAUGCUUUGUAUGCAUCUAAAAUUGUUUCCUAUGCACAAGGCUUCAUGCUGAUGAGAGAAACAGCUAAAGAAUUAGGCUGGAAAUUAAAUUUUGGUUCUAUUGCUUUGAUGUGGAGAGGCGGGUGCAUUAUUAGAAGUGUUUUUCUUGGAAACAUCAAACAAGCUUAUGAUAAAAACCCACAAUUAAGCAAUCUUUUAAUAGAUGAUUUUUUCAAGAAUGAAAUCCAGAAAUGUCAGGAUUCCUGGAGGCGUGUUGUUUCAACUGCUGUACUGCUAGGCAUUCCAACACCAGCCUUUAGCACAGCAUUAGCUUUCUUUGAUGGCUAUAGAAGUCAAAAUUUACCCGCCAAUCUUAUUCAGGCUCAGAGAGAUUACUUUGGUGCCCACACUUAUGAACGCAACGACAGUCCAGGCCAGUACAUUCACACCAACUGGACAGGCAGGGGAGGCAAUGUAUCUUCAUCAACCUACCAAGCAUAAUAACAAGAGGAAAACACAAAAGUUCAAGGACACAAAUUGUUUAUGAAAAUCAAAACAUCUCUAGACAAAUGUUAUGAGCAUUCACUUUUCUCACCAUGUUUGACUCACUAUUGAAUGUAGGUCUCACAUUGUGAGUUCAGCUUUUGUGACAAGAAUUUGUGUUGACUUACUAGGAGUUUAAAGUUUUUGUACAGUGAUUUAGAACCAAUGUUUUUUUUUUUUUUUUUUUUUUUAUGUAGAUGUUUAUCAAUCUUAAGAAAUUUUAUUUAAUGAUUCUUUCUAAAGAAUGGCAAUUUUGAGAAAUUGAUGGGAAAUAUUUUCUCCCUUUUAUAGUCCAUCUUUCUUUCAGUUCUUUUUCAUUAUCUUCAUCUAUUUCCAAGACACUGAAUCUCCAAUCAACAGUUGUAUCAUUACUGUACAAUCUAUUAGAAAGUUUUCAAUGUCUUCAUUUCUUUCUUCCUCUUUAGAAUAGUAUCUGUUUAUUUUUACUGGUAACUUUCUUAGAAGACUUCAGUUCUAACUGAAAUAUCAUUUUGAGGAGAAAUGAAAGAUAGAUUUUAAUAAAAGGAAUAGGUUUGUUCAACAUUCCUGGCUAAUGUUAUGAGAAAACAUCCUUGCUGAUUUUUGUGCAUACAACUAUUACUGUACAUUUUUUUUUAUGAAAAGAAUUUUUCUUUAAAGAACAAACAUUAUUGUUUCAUUUUUGUUUUGUUUUAUCAUGACAAUUACUUGUUUCGUUAUUUAUGACAGAAUGUACACUUUCUUAAAAUAAACUUUUUUUUCAUCUUCA